AUGGAGACUGCGCUAGCAAAAACACCACAGAAAAGGCAAGUUAUCUUUCUUGCUAUAUUGUUGCUUUUGUGGGAGGCUGGCUCUGACGCAAUUAGGUAUUCCAUGCCAGAAGAAACAGAAAGUGGCUCCUUUGUGGCCAACCUGGCAAAAGACCUGGGGCUUAGGGUGGGGGAGUUAGCUACUCGGGGCGCGCGAAUCCAUUACAAAGGAAACAAACAGGUCUUGCAGCUGGAUGUAGAAACCGGGAAUUUGCUGCUAUAUGGAAAACUAGACCGGGAGGUGCUGUGCGGGGCGACAGAUCCCUGUAUAUUAUAUUUCCAGUUAUUACUGGAAAACCCGGUGCAGUUUUUUCAGGCUGAUCUGCAACUUACGGAUAUAAAUGACCAUUCCCCACAGUUCCUAGACAAGGAAAUGCUCCUAAAAAUCCCAGAGAAUGUUCAGCCAGGGACCAUAUUUCCUUUGAAAAUAGCUCAGGACUUGGACAUAGGUAUCAACACUGUGCAGAACUACACAAUCAGCCCCAACUCCCAUUUUCACGUUGUCACUCGUAAUCGCGGAGAUGGCAGAAAAUACCCAGAGCUCAUGCUGGACAAAGCGCUGGAUCGGGAGGAGCAGUCUGAGCUCAGUUUAACCCUCACGGCGCUGGAUGGUGGGACUCCGCCCAGGUCCGGGACCACUGCAGUCCACAUUGAAGUCGUGGACAUCAAUGAUAAUGCUCCUCAGUUUUUACAGUCGCUCUAUGAGGUACCGGUUCCCGAGAACAGCCCCCUAAACUCCUUAGUUGUUGUUGUCUCUGCCCAAGAUUUAGAUGCAGGAACAAAUGGGAAUGUAGUCUACACUCUAUUCCAAGGCAAUGAAGUUACUCAACCAUUUGUAAUAGAUGAAAUUACAGGAGAAAUUCGUCUGAAAAAGGCAUUGGAUUUCGAGGCAACUCGAUACUAUAAUGUGGAAAUUGCAGGCACAGACGGCGGGGGCCUUUCAGGAAAAUGCACUGUAGCUAUAGAGGUUGUGGAUGUGAAUGACAACGCCCCUGAACUUACCAUGUCGACGCUCACAAGCUCUACCCCAGAAAACUCACCAGAGACUGUAGUGGCUGUUUUCAGUGUUUCUGAUCCAGACUCCGGGGACAACGGUAGGAUGGUUUGCUCCAUCCAGAAGGAUCUCCCCUUUCUCCUGAAACCCACAUUCAAGAACUUUUACACCCUAGUUACUGAGAGAGCCUUGGACCGCGAGGAGCAGCGCGAGCUAAGGCUUACCCUCACAGCGCUGGAUGGUGGGUCUCCGCCCAGGUCUGGGACCACGGAGAUUCAGAUCCUGGUCUUGGACAUCAAUGACAAUGCUCCCGAAUUUGCUCAGGAACUCUAUGAGGCACAAAUCCCUGAAAACAAUUCCCUGGGCUCCCUGAUUAUCACCGUCUCAGCGACAGAUUUAGAUGCAGGAUCCUUUGGGGAGGUAUCUUAUGCCCUAUUUCAGGGAGAUGACAUUAAUCAACCCUUCGAAAUAAACGCAAUUACAGGAGAAAUUCGACUAAGAAAGACUUUGGAUUUUGAGGAAUUUCAAUCAUACCACGUGGAUAUUGAGGCUACAGAUGGCGGGGGACUAUCAGGAAAAUGCUCUUUAGUCAUCAAGGUUCUGGACGUAAAUGACAACGCUCCUCAACUGACCAUGUCCUCCCUCGUCAGUCCCAUCCCCGAAAACCUGCCAGAGGUCAUAGUAGCAGUUUUCAGUGUGUCAGAUGCAGAUUCUGGACAAAAUCAACAGGUUAUUUGUUCUAUAGAUGACAAUCUCCCCUUUCUUCUAAGACCAUCAGUCGAGAAUUUCUACACCUUGGUAACUGAAGGAGCGCUGGACAGAGAGAGCCAGGCCGAGUACAAC